AAAAGCACGAGAACACUCAAACGAUGUGCGACAGUCAGCGCGUUAAGUUGUAAGCUGUAACCGGCGCGUACAGCAUUUUGUUAGCCGACUAUUUAAAUGUGCUAAAUAACGUCAACCGCUUUAGACGAUUUAAUAUACGAUUUUUAGCUGGAGUGCCAUGCGUUAAAUAUAUUCCGACAUUUUGUGUUGGCAGUUAAACGUUGCUGAAACUUCGUCGUGAGCACGUCGCCGGUUCCAUUUUAUCCGGUCUCCGUUAUCCAUUAUUGCAAACUGGCCACACUUAUUCGUUAAGGUCCUGCUGGGACCAUCAAGUGUUAUGCCAAUGUGCGCGCUGAAUAACCAUUAUUCUGGUUAGGUCAAUAAAAAACCCCCGAAAAACGAGUGAUUAACAAAAAAAAAAAAAAAGCAGAUAAAAACAUAUAAUUAUCCAAAUAAAUUUGAGUUGAUUCAUUCAUUCAACAACCCUAACAAUGGCAGAUCGUUUUCAAAUCUCAAAGGUUAAUGGCAGCGCCAACGUUAAUGCCGCUUUCGACGGCGAAAACGCUUCCGCCAACAGCAACAGCAGCGCAGCAAUCGCUGAACACUCCUCAAAUGGACCCGCAACAAUUGUGGCCGACAGCUGCCACGCCCACGAUAAUCACCUGCAGCCAAAGGCAGCCGAAGGCGGCGAGAAUCGCCGAACAUCGCGUUUAUCCUUCCGUGGAUUUGGACAAUUCCUGCGUAAAUCGGAUGCAGAACGCAAAUUCAGUCUGGCGCAGCUUACAAAGGAAACGCUGCCAAGGUUGGAUAACUAUCGCAUAUCUAUGCGCAACCUGAAACGCCCCUCAAUUGGUGAACUUCAGGGCGAGGCAGCAGAUCAGAGCAUUACCAUACCAGAUGCUACGGAACCGGAACCAACUGGCGGUCACAUUAAGCUUGGCUGGAUUGUUGGAGUACUCAUACCAUGUCUACUCAACAUUUGGGGCGUCAUGCUGUUCCUGCGACUCAGUUGGGUCGUCGCCGAGUCCGGCAUCAUGUGGUCGUUAAUUAUAAUCGCCAUCUCGGCGGUGGUCUGUGUUAUAACGACCCUGUCGCUGUCGGCCAUUAGCACGAAUGGUGAGGUGAAGGGAGGCGGCGUCUACUUCAUCAUUUCCCGCUCACUUGGCCCGGAAUUUGGCGCCUCCGUUGGCGUUGUUUUUGCCUUUGCCAACGCCGUGUCAGCCUCAAUGAAUACAAUUGGUUUCUGCGAGUCCCUGAAUGUACUUCUAAAGAACAACGAUUUGAAAAUCAUUGAUAAUGAUAUUCAUGAUAUUCGCAUUGUGGGCACCGUGACGCUCCUGGUCUUGAUCCUCAUCUGUUGCGUGGGCAUGGAGUGGGAGACAAAGGCUCAGAAUUUCCUCAUUGUUACCAUUGUGCUGGCCAUAUUCAAUUUUCUGAUUGGCGCUGCGAUCGGACCACGCGGUGAUGAGACACUUAUAUCCAAGGGCUUUGCUGGCUUCUCCUGUAAGUGGACAUGAAAUAGGAAUUCCUUGCAAUCAUUAUAAAUCUAUCACUUCAACAGGGCCACAUUCAAGGAGAACUUUGUCUCGGAUUAUCGGUAUGCCGAGGGCGUCAAUCAUGACUUCUUCAGCGUGUUUGCCAUCUUCUUUCCCAGUGUGACUGGCAUCCAGGCGGGUGCGAACAUUUGUGGAGAUCUUAAGGAUGCGGGUGCUGCCAUACCGAAGGGUACCUUUUGGUCCCUUCUCAUCUCGAUGUCAUCGUAUGCAUUGUUCGUCCUGUUCGCUGGCGGUGCUGCCGUCCGUGAUGCCUCCGAUUGGGAUCUUAUCAAUGGCACCAUUGUGCCCUCGGAGCUGCCCUGCAUGCAAGCCGGCAACUGCUCUUGGGGUCUGUUCAACUCCUACGAGAUGAUGCAAGUGAUGUCACUCUGGGGACCACUCAUCUAUGCCGGUUGCUUUGCGGCCACGUUGAGCACGGCACUAACGAAUCUCUUGAGCGUGCCACGUCUGGUGCAAGCUCUGGGCAUCGAUCAGAUCUAUCGAUUGAUCUUCUUCUCCAAGCCAUACGGCAAACAUGGCGAACCGUAUCGCGGCUAUGUGUUGACCUUUUUCAUCUCCACCGGUUUCCUGCUCAUUGGCGAACUCAAUUUGAUCGCUCCCCUCAUCUCCACCUUCUAUCUGGCCUCCUAUGCCCUCAUCAACUUCUGCACCUUCCAUGCGGCCUUCGUCAAACCCCUCGGCUGGCGACCCACCUUUAAGUACUACAAUGCCUGGAUAAGUUUGUUUGGAUUUGCCAUGUGUGUGGUCAUCAUGUUCCUCAUCAACUAUGUGGCUGCUAUCAUCACCUUUGGCAUCAUCUUUGCCCUUUACCUGGUGGUCAUGUAUCGCAAACCGGAUGCCAACUGGGGAUCCACAACGCAGGCCCAGCAAUACAAGGCUGCCCUCAUGGCGGUGCAUCGGCUGCAGAAUGUCUCGGAUCAUGUCAAAAACUAUCAUCCCCAAGUGCUGGUUCUUUCCGGAGAUCCCAAGACACGUCCGCCUCUAAUCGACUUUGGUUAUCUGCUGACCAAGAGCAACUCCCUCAUGUUUGUGGGCAAUAUAAUACCGGUGCGCGUUGGUUAUAAGAAUCGACAGAAUCUGAUCAAGGAUGGCCAGAAAUACUUGGAUGCACGCAAGAUAAAGGCUUUCUACAAUGUUAUCGAUGGCUUCAGCAUUGAGGAUGGCAUUAAUGCCAUGAUCAAGUCAACAGGAUUUGGAAAAAUGUCUCCAAACAUUGUGUUGGUGGGCUACAAGCCCGACUGGAAUCGCUGCCGCAAAGAGGAGGUGGAAAGUUACUUUGCGAUAUUGCACAACGCCUUCUCGCAGCGCAUGGGCGUCGCCUUGCUUCGUCUUCCCAAUGGUUUGGACUUCUCGGAGCUGAGUCCCGAGGUGAUCAUUCCGCCCAGCAGUUUGAGUCACUUGAAUACAGCGAAUGCCCAAGGAUUUACCAACGAACUGAUGCCUGCAGCAAAUGCUGCCUCGGAGCUGCUGCACAUUGAUUCGAAUUUGAAUUUGGCCAGCAUGGACAGUCCCAGUCCCAAUUCGUCCUACACGAUGCCACAGCCAGCGCCGAUGCCCAACAUGCAGCGCAAUUCUCGCAGCUAUAAGGUGAACAAUAGUGAUGCCGCUGCCAUCACCUAUCACACCAAAGGUGGCUCCGAGGUGCCACAGAAUGUCCUGGACGCAGUGACGAUAUUCACACGCAAACAGCCCAAGGGCACCAUCGAUGUCUUCUGGCUGUACGAUGACGGAGGUCUCACAAUUUUAUUGCCGUACAUCAUCUCGAUGAGGUCACACUGGCAGAACUGCAGGCUGCGUGUGUUUACCAUGUGCCAUGGCAAGGAUGAGGAGCAGGAGGAGAAGAGCAUGGCCAGUCUGCUGACCAAAUUCCGCAUUAAAUUCUCAGAGCUUAUUAUGCUCAAGGGCGUCUCGGAUCAGCCACGACAUGACACAAUGCUGAAGCACAAGCGUCUCAUCGAACCCUUCCGCCGCAGUUCCCGCAACGAGUUUGGCAUCACCGACGAGGAGCUGCACAGCAUGGCGGAGAAGACGCAACGACAGCUGCGCAUCCAUGAGUUGGUGGUGAAGCAUUCAUCGAACGCCUCGCUGGUGGUCAUGUCGCUACCAAUGCCACGCAAGGAGGCGAUUUCGGCGCCUUUAUACAUGUCCUGGUUGGAAAUGCUGACGUCAGAUAUCAAAUGUCCUGUGGCAUUGGCACGUGGCAAUCAAACGCCGGUGCUAACACUCUACUCUUAGACUAAGCCAACGUCGUUUCCAGUUCGAGUACAAUUUAGUAUUAUUAGCGUUUAGGCGUUCAAGUUCCGUGUAGCCACCUACUAAAUACUUAUAUACUUAUGUACUUUUU